AUGGCAUCUCCAUACACGCCGCUGGACCCCAUAAAUCCGCAGCCAAUCGGUCAUGGCGCGCUGCAACCCAUCCCAGCGCUUUCAUUCGACCCCAGCUCGGAUACACUAUGGACGGGAACAGAUUCCGGCACCGUGAUUGCGAUGCACUCGUCGCACGGGGUUCGGGGUGUCUCUUUCAAAGUUGGAGGAAGAUUCGGCGUCAAGAAAGUGAUAGCCGGGGACAACUACGUGCUUUCCAUGGCGUCUGAGCUGGGUCUUGGGGUCGGUUCAUGGGGAAAAGGUGGAAUGAACAAGUGGUAUUCUCGCCCAUCUGCAACAGCGCUCACAUUUUCGAAUGUUUCAACCUCGUCUCAAGCUCUUGCGGUUUCUACGGUAGCACCCGAGCUCGUGAUGUUGAAUCCCUUCACUGGAGCGGAGAUCCGUCGGAUUUCCACGAGCUCGGCUGUGACGCACCUGCAGUUCUCGCAUCUUCACCUCUUGUCCGGUUCGCGCGAUGGCUAUCUUCGUGCUCAUGAUCCUAGGACCGGGCUGAGAAAGGCUGAGAGUGGCGCAGAGCUCUCCGUCAAGGCCCACGCAGGCUCUUUCCAAGGACUAGCGUCCAGCGGGAACUAUAUUUACACAAUUGGAUGCACUGUCCGCCAAGGCACAACAUUUCCUGAACCUUUGGUUAAAAUACACGACAUCCGUACGAUGCGUCCGAUCGCUCCGGUCCCUUUCUCAGAGGGACCUGCCUUCAUAGACGUACUUCCUCGACUUUCUUCGAGUAUUGUCAUCACGUCAAGCCAGGGGCUGGUGAACAUAGUCGAUGUUUCGAAACCUGACACAACCAGCGAUUUUUACCAGCUUGAAACCGCGUCAUAUAUAUCAUCUAGCGCUGUUUCUCCUACAGGAGCCUAUCUCGGAUUCGGCGAUGGUCAUGGUUAUGUGCACCUCCUCACCAAUGUGCACGAAGUGGACGAAGAACACCCCGUACCAUUGAACGGAUUCGAAGGAAAAACUGUCGAGUGGGCCCCUCCUCCUGAACCAGCGCCGGAGCUUCCAGAUAAUGCGUCAGUAAUCUGCGUAGAUCAAUCCUACGAUGCUCACACGCAAAAUAGCCCUUUGAAUUCUGUUGGACUACCUUAUUACACUGAACCCCUGUUCUCAUCAUGGAGCGCAUCGAUGUUCUCUCCGGACAUAGGAUUCCCAGCUCCUCCCAAGAUACCGAACCAAAUUUUACACAACCUGAAGAUCACCGGUGGCCUGGCGUCUGCGACUCUCCCAAAGGAGCUGAAGGGACGCCGAAAUGUUGUCAGCGUAGGGAUGAGGAAAGAUCAGGCGCGAUUCAGAAGCGGAAAAAUGCAAAGAAGUGUAUCCGAACCCGAGACCCCUCAAUCAAGCUCGGACGUCCCAAAAAUAUAUCGCAAGGUGGAGAUCGAAUACUCGAAAUUUGGUGUCGAGGAUUUCGACUUCGGGUACUAUAACAAGACCGAGUUCAGCGGCCUGGAAACACACAUUUUGCAAUCAUACACCAAUUCCAUCGUGCAAUCCAUGCAUUAUCUCCACCCGAUCCGACGUCUCGCAAAAUCGCAUAUCAUCACAAAUUGUCCGCAUGAACACUGUCUGCUCUGUGAACUUGGGUUCGUCUCGCGGAUGCUUGAGGACGCUCGAGGGAUAAAUUGCCAAGCCAGCAACUUCUGCAAGACUGUUGGAGUGCUCGCUCAGGUGCACAAUCAAAUGGAGCUAUUGGACUAUGGGAUCGACGGACCAUCCGUUGACUGGGCUAACAUCAUCCAAAGCUUCAAUCGUUUCCUCGUGGAGAGAUUGAACAUGGAGGCCAACGUCACAUCUCGCAAUCCGUUGAUCCUCCCACGUACGAGUCUUCAACCACAGACGGCACCGCCGGUAUCUCCGAUCACCCAGCUCAUGGGCAUCGAUGCCAAAAAUGUCGUUGUGUGCACCACGUGCAAGGGAACGCGCGAGAAGGCAAAUUUGACUCACGUAAUUGACAUGGUCUACCCUCGUGCUAAUAUCAGUGCGAAUACGCAACCAGCGCCUGAUAUCUCGAGCGUUUUGAGCGACUCGCUCCGGCGCCAGACGACACAUCGAGCGACAUGCCAAUCGUGCAGAAAGAUGACAGUGUUCGAGACUACGCGGAUCAUUCCUGCCAAGGAUUUGCCUCCUAUACUUGCUGUCAACGCGUCGGUAUACAACGAGGAGUCAUUGAAGAUCUGGCAAGAUGGCCGGCGACACCGUUUCCUGACACCCACUACUCGGGUUAAGUGCGGUGAUAGUGAGGAAGAUGUAGUGGAGUACGAACUGAGGGCAAUGACGAUCGAAAUCUCGGACAGGACAGGCCCUUCGCACCUAUGCGCCAUAAUCAAAGUUCCGGAGGCAGAAGGCCGGAAUGAUCUCAUGAGUCCUUGGUUUUUGUUCAAUGAUUUUGCUGUCCGAAACAUACCAGAAAGCGAGGCUUUAGGAUUUCCGGAAGAUUGGAAGAUUCCAACCGUCCUCUAUCUGGAACGAAUGGACAUCAAGUCGGCGCUAGAUUAUAGCAAGUUACCAGAAGGGCUCGACCCCACCAUAUUGUGUCGGGACACAAACAUAGCCAUAAUGCGAGACAAAAAUCUGAUCAAACACGAGUGCUUACGACCGGACGAGCUGCCUCGGCCGGGGACCAUCGUGUCUAUCGAUGCAGAAUUUGUUCUAAUGCAACAGGAAGAGACGGAGUUUCGCUCCGACGGAAGCAAGAAGGUUCUCAGACCUGCCCGACUUAGCCUUGCCCGUGUAUCAGUCCUCCGAGGGGACGGCCCCAAAGAGGGGGUACCGUUUAUUGAUGAUCACAUCCACACGAGCGAAGUUAUUGUCGACUACCUCACCGAGUUUUCUGGCAUCAGGUUUGGGGAUCUUGAUCCUCACCUCUCGCGUCAUACAUUGACGCCCCUAAAACUUGUCUAUAAGAAACUCCGUCUGCUGGUGGACAGGGGGUGCAUCUUCAUAGGACACGGGUUAUCCAAGGACUUCAGAAUUAUCAAUAUAUUCGUUCCGCCCGACCAGGUCAUUGACACUGUCGAUCUCUACUUCAUCAAGUCACGGCAGCGGCGGUUGUCGUUACGAUUCUUGACAUGGGCGAUACUUCAGGAAAAUAUUCAGCAAGAAACUCACGAUUCUAUUGAAGAUGCGCGCUCUGCUCUGCGUCUCUUCAAGAAAUUCAACGAAUUCGAAGAAGCAGGAGUAUUCGACCAGAAGUUAGAGGAGUUAUAUCGUACCGGCAAAGAAUAUGUUUGUCUGUUUACACGCAUUGGGACUUAA